AUGGCCAUCAAGCUCAUCCACCACGAUUCUAUACAUUCUCCAUAUUACAAUCCAAGUGCCACCAUUUCCGAGCGAGCUGAAUUAGCCAUUAACAGUUCGCUUACCCGCAUCCGCUACUUGAGCAAAAUAAUUUCUAAUCCGAAUGAUGAUGACGCUCGUUCCCAUCUUGUCCCGGCCAUUAGAGGAACCGGGUUCCUGGCCAGUAUAUCCAUCGGUACGCCACCAGUCCCGCAGCUCUUGCUGAUCGACUCGGCAAGCGACCUCCUUUGGUUUCAGUGCCUGCCCUGCACUACUUGCUUCAAACAAUCUCCUUCUCUUUUUGAUUCCACCAAAUCGUCCACAUACUCCAAUAUUCGUUGUAGUUCCCCAGCUUGUUCAAAUUCUACGGCCAAGUGCGAUCCUAAGAGCGAGUAUUGCAUUUACAAGAGGACAUAUCUUGAUGGAACCUUCGCAGUUGGUAACCUCGCCUCUGAACAAGCGACCUUUAAGACAUCCGACGAGGGCACAGUAAAGGUACCGAUUGAGGUGUUCGGAUGCAGCCACAUAAAUAGAGUCCCCGCGGAUGGGCAAGAAAGCGGGAUAUUAGGACUAAGCUAUGGCAAUGGCGAUUUGCCAACUCUGGUUAAGCAAUUAGGCUCCAAAUUUUCCUACUGCAUCGGCAACAUAGACGACCCCCAGUAUCAGUACAAUCAACUCAUUUUGGGAGACGGGGCGAUCAUAGAAGGCGAUCCUACGACCCUGCAAACUGACAAGGGUUUCUACUUUGUGGACCUCCAAGGUAUAAGCAUCGGAGAGAAGAAGCUGCCGAUCGACCCCAGGGUAUUCCAAAGAGGGGCUUCAGGUGAGGGAGGAGUGAUGAUAGACUCGGGAACCACCUUCACAUUCCUGAAGGAAGAGGGGUAUGUUCCGUUGCAGAACGAGGUCGAGAGUUUGAUGGCGGGAAUUCUGAACAGGGUGAGUCAUCCAAGUUUCUUGUGCUACGCAGGGAACGUGGAGAUAGACCUGACCGGAUUCCCAGUGGUGACCUUGCAAUUCUCGGGCAAUGCGCAGCUCGUCUUAGACACCAACAGCAUGUUUUUCCAGUCGAGUGCGGGUGUCUUGUGCAUGGCCAUCCUUCCGAUAAUUCCCGAAAUGAAUGGUGAAUCCAUGAUCGGAGUGAUGGCGCAGCAGUCCUAUAAUGUAGGGUAUGACAUCAGACAGGGCAAGAUCUUCUUCCAAAGGAUUGACUGUAGUGUUCUCGAAUCAAUUGUAUGA